GGAUCGGGGCGGCCGGGGCGCCUUCCCCUCAUGGGGUGAGGGUGCCGAUGGCCGCGGCCGCGCUCCAGAAUGGAACAAAUGGUGUUUGGUCUUUCCUGCUUUGGACUGGGCAGACUGGAUUCAGAAAGCACAGAGGCUCAACUCUGAGGCAGAGACCACAUCUGCUACUGGAAUAAGGCACUUGCAGUGGAAAAAAGUAUGUCCUCCUAGUCCCAGGAUAAGUUUGAUUUUGAAUACCGGUGUGCUUUUUAAAGUGACAAUACAAAGGACAAUGCACAGUGUGUAUCCUGAUGACAUUUGGUGUGCUGUGACAUGGCUUUUGUCAUGGCAUCUGAGACUGAAAAGGCCCACGCUCUUCUCCAGACUUUCAGCGCAGCUUCAGUUAUUUCCAGUCUAGGUUUGGGGAUAUUCUGCUUCAUAGCAGACAGACUUCUGCAGUUUUCCUUCAUUCAGCAAAAUGACUGGCUCCGAGCCUUCUCUGAUAAUGCAGUGCAUGGUAUACUGGGAAUGUGGUCCUGGGCCAUAGUGAUUGGACUCAGGAAGAAAAGUGACUUCACUGAGGUCACUCUGGCUGGCUUCCUCGCCUCUGUCAUUGACGUGGACCACUUCUUUCUUGCUGGAUCCCUCUCCUUAAAGGCUGCUCUGACUCUUCCACGGAGACCACUUCUUCAUUGUUCUACCAUGAUUCCCGUUGUGGCUCUGACAUUAAAGUUUAUUAUGCACCUUUUCAGGCUUAAGGACUCAUGGUGCUUUCUUCCCUGGAUGUUGUUCAUAUCCUGGACUUCUCAUCAUGUCCGUGACGGGAUUCGUCAUGGCCUCUGGAUCUGCCCAUUUGGAAAAACUCCUCCUUUGCCAUAUUGGCUGUAUGUGGCAAUUACAGCAUCUUUACCUCAUCUGUGUUCAUUCAUCAUGUAUUUAACAGGCACUAGAGAAUUGAUGUCUAUAAAACAUGGAAUCCACAUUGAUGUGUAAGAAUGAUGGCUUUUAAAGGCUGUUUGUAUUAUCUCCUGGCUGUCUCUUACUGAAGGGGUUUCUUUCUGUUUCCUACACCUUCCAAGUUAGGCAUUUUAAGGUUGUGGAGCCAGUUACAGCUGUGUCAAUUCCUUGUUGUCAUAGAACCUAUUUAAUGAAUGGUGAUAAUUUUAUAUCUAUACAUUUCCCUCAUAAAGCAUGUGAUCUCCCAUGAUAGCUCAUGCAUAGCUAGCUGAUUUAUAAAGUUCUUAGUCUCUCUCUGUAGUAAUUGCAUUACUGUCAUGGAUUUUAUUGUCAUGGUGCCAUUCUUCUGAUCACCAUUCACUUUGGAUUUGUAUUUUGCCUUUAGAGAAUACAUUUCAAUCUAGAUAGUAUUUGUAUAGCGCUUUAAAAAUAUAAAGUACUAUAUAAAUGCUAAGUAUUACUGGGGAUUUAAUAGUGUAUGGCAGUUGUAAAAAAAAUGUUAGCCUUUUGAAUUUAUUUAUUUGUUUGUUAAGAGUCCUGCUGGACUCUUAUAUUGGACUGUUUUAAAAGAAACACUGUCUGUAUUUCACACUGUGCAGCUGUCUAUGCACCUCUUCAAACCCUGCUAUCAUGCAGACAGUAAAUUAGUAAAUUCUGUUCCCCUGUAGUUGCUUGGUACUAAAUUUGCAGAUAAUUACUAGCUUCGUGGUUAGAAAAGAGAAGGAAGUUUGGUUAUAGUAUUAUGAUGUGUUGACCAAAUUGUUUUUAAUUUUUAAAAAUGCACUAAUUAUGAAUACUACUGAAUUUGAAACUAAGGAAUUUUAGUAAAUAUUUAAGGGUUGUGUGAAGGCAAACAUUUAUUACAGUAAAACAUAAGCUUUAGAGAAGAUAGAAGAAAACAAAAAUUGCUCAAAAUGUGUUUGCUUAAAGACAUUACUGUCUUACUGUACUUGUAAAUGGCAUUUUCCAUUAAGUGCAAUAUCAUCCUCAUAAUUGUUAAAUAAAAUGCAGCAUUAUCAUUA